AUGAUAUAAAAAAUUACAAAAAUCUUUAAGUCCUAAUCUGACUUUACGAAGAAAUUAGAAUAGUGCAGUUUAACUAAAGACAAUUUCGUUUUUCGACAAGAAGACAUAGAUUUGAUUCUUUAAUACAUGAUUGAUGAAAAAUAUAUUCGAGAAUUCUUUGAUGUCUACAUUGCUCAAGAAAUGCAAACCUACACAAUAAAAAUGAAAAUGCUCAUUAUCAUCCAUUAGAUCAUAAAUCUAAGUGAGGAGUUCUCGUCAAUCUUUAACUCCAUUCGAUUUAAUCAUUUUAAUAAGCUUAAGCAUUGCAAUAGAAAUAAUGAGGCUUGGUUACUCUAAUCUAUAUAAAUACCAUUUUUGCAAUAUUUACAAAAAUUGUCAAUAAAUAUAAAAGACAUUAAAAGUUAUAGAACAUGCUUGUUUAGAAAAUAAAUUCUAAAUACAAAUUUGGUAAUUGAUAGUUUUAAAUUAAUUAAUAUCGUGAAUCAAGCUUUGUCAUUAGUACCAAAUUUAAAAAUCGCAUUAACUAAUUACCCUUAUGAUUUCUUAUUAAAAAGAGCUGCCUUUAAUAUCUAUUUAGAGAUUCAUACAUUCCAAAGAUAAUUAAUAAAUUCAUUGUCUGCAUUGCUCAAUGAAAACUCACAAGCAAAGGAAGUGGAGAUUUAUGAAUUUCUGAAAGAAGUCUAAGCGAUCGAAUAGAAAAUGAUGUUCUUCUAUUAAUUUCAUAAGAAAUUUGAUCCAAGUCAGUCAUUAAUUCCUCCAUUGAAAUUAAAAAUAGAUGUAGAGAGUGCUAGAUGCAUCGAAAAGUCUGCGUUUUAGGAAAGAGAAGCGUGUGAAUAAUUGAGAUAAGCGAAAACAAAGAGAGAAAUUAGUAGUUCUUCUCCGCAAAUUGAUUAUUAGCUUAGUUGUGAGAGAAGGAGGAGAGGACCUUAAUUUUAGCAUUUAGUAUUACAAAUGAACAGUCAAUCAAAUCAAGCUAUAGUUUGGGAUCAAACGCACACAUUUUAAGAAGCUGUAGAUACUCACAAUGAUGAAAAACCUACAAAGGAGGAAUAAAUUAGUGAACACAUAAAAAAAUGA